AUGUGUUGGUUUCUCAUCAUAGGAUUGGUCUUAUUCAUUAAUAAAUCAAUGGGAUGUACAGUCUCUUCAUUUUCAAAUUUGGCUGUUCAACGACAUUUUAAUUUGAAAAGGUUUCUUGGUCUAUGGUACGAACCAAAUUGGUACACAACUCAAUCUAUUAAUCCAUCUAGUAUAUGGAAUGAUUAUUCUCAAUCAUUUGAAUUACAAAAUGGUGUUAGUUAA